UAAAAAUGGCCGGUUGUGAGAGUGUAUCAAAAGGUAUACAGUCAAAUCAAAAUGAAUUAUUCAACUAUUAUAUCACCAUGAAUAUAAAUAACAUGUGUCGUAUUUGUUUAGAAAAGGGGCAGAAGCUUAUGCCCAUCUUUGAUCCUAUAAAGCCUCCACAUUUCUCAAUAUUAAUUAUGGCGUGUGCUUCAGUAGAGGUUUCUGAAGGUGACGGACUUCCACCUUUUAUUUGUCAAAGGUGUAUUGCGAAGCUGAAUGUUGCAUUCCAGUUUAAAUCCCAAUGUGAAAGUUCUGAUGCAAGGUUAAGGCAAUGUUUACAAAAUUUGCAUACUUUACCUCCGGCCACAGAACUAACCGCUUUAGUAGAAGUAGAGAAAGCCCAAAGUGAUAAUAUUAAUUUAAGAAAUAACAUCAAAAUUGAUGUUUGUGAUUUAAAUAGUGGACAGAUUCAAGAGUACACAUUACAAGAUGAUACCGCUCAACUUACAGGUGACAAGUUCCUUACUAAUCCUAAUUUAAGUAAUAUAAACGAAGCUGACAUACAGCAAUCAGCUCAAAGUGAUGUGGGUUUGGAAUCAUUACAUGAAACUUUAGAAGAUAUUACCAGAAAUAAUUUAAGGGAACUAAAAUUUGAUUUUCAAGAGUACAAAGAUGAUUCAAGUUAUGUUAAAAUUGAAGAGAUUGGAAGACUAAAUGUGGUAGAUGUAGCAGUGCAACAACAAAUAGUGAAUAAUAAAAAUCAAAAACCUGUAAAAGAACAUCAAUGUGAUACUUGUGGAAAAAUUUUUCGGACAAAGCCAGGCCUUAUACACCAUAUACGAAUACAUACUGGUGAACGUCCAUAUGUUUGUCAUUUAUGUGAUAAACGGUUUAUAAAUGGUGGUCAUCUUCAUACACAUAUGAGAACACACACAGGAGAGAAGAAUCAUAUAUGUGCAGCUUGUAAUAAAGCCUUUGCCACUGCUCAACAACUUACAAAGCAUACAAUUGCAAUUCAUACUUCAGAAAGACCAUAUGCAUGUACUUAUUGUUCAAAACGGUUUGCAAGUUCCAGUAAUUUAAAUACUCAUACAAGAAUACACACUGGUGAAAAAAAUUAUCAUUGUGACCAGUGCACGAAGGCUUUUUCCACAAAAGGGCAACUUUAUCAACACUUGUUGGUACAUACAGGUGAGAAAGCAUUUUUGUGUGAAUAUUGUAAUAAAAGAUUUUCCCAGAAGGCACAUCUAAUUCGACAUUUAAAAAUGCAUAAUGUUCCCAGAUAGAGAUUUUUACUUUCUGAUAGUCGUACUGAUUCAAUUCAUAAGCCUCAAUAUAUUUUAGUUUUUUUGUUACUAUUUAUUUUGAUGAAAACACUUAAUUUUUAAAUUGAGCUUUUAAAGUGAAAA